UGUCCCGUUUUUAUUACCUGUAACAUUUCUGUUGUUCAGGAAUGGAACGACGAGUUGUUGCGGUGGAACCCGGACGACUUUGGUGGCAUUCAAUCACUGCGAAUUCCUUGCGACUUGAUCUGGUUACCUGACAUAGUCCUCUAUAACAAUGCUGACGACUACACUGCUGGUUACAUGCGUUCGAGAGCUAUGGUGCUCUAUACAGGUACUGUAUUCUGGCCACCACCUACGCAAUUGCGCAGUACAUGCAAAGUUGAUGUGUCGCUGUUUCCAUUCGAUGAGCAGCGAUGUUCGUUAAAAUUCGGUUCGUGGACCUACCACGGGUUUCAAGUCGACAUCACCAAUCGAAGUGAUAACAUCGACUUGACUAAUUAUGUUCCUUCUGGAGAAUUCGACCUCGUCAAGGUAUGCUUAGAUGAACGUUAG